AUGGCCAUCAGCACAGAACGCUUCAAGCUUACGAGCAAAAACCUGUCUCCCAUCUCCUCGCAACAGGGCGAGCACAGAGUGGAGAUCCCUACUUACAACAGAGAUGACGUCAAGGAGGGUAUUGUACACGUAGGAGUCGGUGGCUUCCACAGAGCGCACUUGGCUGUCUACGUCGACAAACUGCUUCAACACCACAAUGAGCGCGACUGGGCCAUUUGCGGUGUCGGUUUGCGACCCAACGAUGCUGCCAUGCGCGACGUUUUGGCUGCCCAGGACCACCUGUACACUGUCAUUGAGCGAUCCGCCAAGGGCAGUUUUGCCAACGUUGUUGGCAGCAUCAACUCCUUCCUCUUCGCUCCUGAUGACCGGGAAGCUGUAAUUGCCAAAAUGGCUCACCCAGACACUCACAUUGUAUCCCUGACCAUUACCGAGAGUGGCUAUUACUACAACGAAAACACCCACCAGCUCACCUCUGAGCAUCCAGACAUUCAGCACGAUCUGGCCAACGAGAACUCGCCCGUCAGCACAUUUGGCUUCCUCUACGCCGCAUUGGCCAGGCGCCACGCAGCUGGCUUGAAGCCCUUUACCGUUCUGUCUUGCGACAACAUGCAAAAGAACGGCUCCAUUACCCGCCACAUGCUAGAGUCCUUUGCUCGUCUCCGCAACCCGGAGCUCGCAAAGUGGAUCGCUGAGGAGGGGGCUUUCCCUAACGCCAUGGUGGACCGCAUCACCCCUAGCACCUCUCCCAAUGACAUCAAGUCGCUUUCCGAGGACUUUGGCAUUGACGAUGAGUGGCCCGUAGUCACCGAGCCCUUCAUGCAGUGGGUCGUUGAGGACAAGUUCUCCGAUGGUCGCCCGCCAUUUGAGAAGGUCGGUGUCCAGGUUGUUAACAAUGUGCACGAUGUUGAGCAGUUUGAGAAGCACAAGCUCCGACUCCUCAACGCCAGUCACUCCGCCAUGGCUUACCCGGGACAACUUGCUGGUUUCAAGUAUAUCCACGAGGUCAUGGAGCACCCCGUCUACCGCAAGUUUGUCUGGCAAAUGAUGCAAGAAGAGGUCAAGCCCCUGCUGCCGGAUAUCCCGGGUGUCAACAUUGACCAGUACUGCGAGACCCUCAUGGAGCGUUUCUCCAACCCUACCAUCAUGGAUCAGAUUCCCCGUGUUGCCCUGAACGCCUCGGGCAAGAUUCCCCAGUUCAUCAUGCCUUCUAUUGCCGAGCAGAUCUGGGUGACAGGUCCCUUCAAGCGCCUCUGCUUUGUCCUUGCUGGCUGGUUCCACUACAUCCGCGGAGUCGACAAUGCUGGCAACGCGUUCGAGAUUGACGACCCCAUGCGCGAGCAGCUCCAGGCCUUGGCCAAGCAGGGUGGCAAUGACCCUCGCCCCUUGCUCAGCAUCAAGGUGCUGUUUGGUGACGACUUGCGCAACGACAAGCGCUUCAUUGACGAGCUCACGAGCGCAAUGGAGCUCAUUGACAAGGAGGGUGUCAUGGCGGCCCUCCCCAAGCUCGUCAACUAG